UCUCUCUCUCUGUCUCAACAGCAACGCAAGAAACGAAAACAUAGAGGUUCAGGCAUCAUUCUCACUUCAGUUCAUCAACAAUGGUGAAGAGGACUAGCGAGCUGAAGAUCCAAUCGGAGCCUUCCAAACGGGCGUCGCCGUCGCCGUCGCCGUCGCUGUCGCCCGCGUCGUCGUCGUCGGCGUGCAGGAAGUACAAGGGCGUGAGGAUGAGGAGCUGGGGCUCCUGGGUCUCCGAGAUCCGCGCCCCGAACCAGAAGGCGCGGAUCUGGCUCGGGUCCUACGCCACGGCCGAAGCCGCCGCUCGGGCCUACGACGCCGCCCUGCUCUGCCUCAAGGGCUCUUCGGCAGCUUCGGCGCCCAACAGCCUCAACUUCCCUCACUCCUCCCUCGCUUAUCGAGUCCCCGACCGCGCGAUCCCCAUGUCCCCUAAAUCCAUCCAGCGGGUGGCGGCCGCUGCGGCGGCGGCGGAGGGCGGAUCUCUCGACCGCGCCGCCUCGAGCCCGCAGUCCCCGUCGCCUUCGUCGUCGUCGUCGCUGGCCUCGUCCACGUCGCCGCCCGAUCACCUGGAUGACGACGCCGUCGUCGUCCCUGCAGCAGCCGCACGCGACGGGACGGCGGUAAUGAUGGACACGUGGUGCAAUCUGGAGGGCUGGCUGCAGUCGCCGAGGUUCCUGGGUCCGAUGUUCGCCGGCGGCGAGACGUUCGAUGAUUACUAUGAAGAAGCUGGCGAUAUUCGACUCUGGAACUUUUGCUGAUUUUUUUUUUACCCCUCGCCUUUUCUUAUCUAAAUCAAAUUACCAGCGUAAAUUCAAGAAAAGACGAAGAAAUCUCGUCGAUCGAGGAAGAGUUUUUUUUUUUUUGUGAAUUUGUAUGUACUAUUUUGGAAUCUCCCAUGUGAGCGAUGCACGUGGGAGUGUCGAUUUCGGAGGAAGUCAUGUUUUCUUGUUCCGGACGCUGAUUCAUUAAAAUUCAUUCAUUAACAAAACUAAUAGAUUCUCCACUUCUGCGC